AUGCAGUCACUCACCCGCUCGCUCGCCUCGCUGGCGCAUAAACCUUCCUUCCCCCGCCUCGCCCCCACCACCACCACCAUCGCGGCCGCAUUCGCAGGUGUCUCGCAGUGUCGCCCAUUCUCUUCCUCACAGCCCGCACUUGACUGGCUGCGCCCCAAAGGCGACCCCAAGCCAGCGCAGAAGGGGCGGCCCCGCGUACCCACGGGUGGUAGUGUUCGCGGAACAACAGUAGAAUGGGGUGACUACGGGAUGCGUCUGAAGGACCACCACCGGCGGCUGUCUGCCAUGCAUCUCAAGAACGCCGAGGAGGCCAUUAAGAAGAAGCUGCGUGGAAUGAAGUACAAGCUCUACAUGCGCGUGGCGUGCAACAUUCCCGUCUACACCAAGGGAAACGAAGUGCGUAUGGGUACGGGAAAGGGAAGUCAUGACUUUUGGGCCACGAGGGUGGCAGUCAGUAAGAUUAUCUUUGAGCUGAAGGGGGAGGUACACGAGCAGAUUGUGAAGGAGGCGUUUAGGUUGGCGGGAGAUAAGAUGCCGGGGAUCUAUGAGUUUGUGAGGAAGGGCGACUAUCCGGUCAUGGGCCUGACAAAGAUGACGCCCGAGGCGGUCGAGAAGAUGAACGCAAAGAAGUUCAAGUUCUAUAACGUCAAGCCCACUCCCGAGAACCCAAUGCCCGAGAUCCUGCCAUAA